AACGCGACGUCCGCACAUAAUAUAAUAGCAGAUAGGUAUCACGAGGACUCGUAUCGAGCGGAUUGUUUUGCUGAUACCGAACGUUAUCACAUCUCGUGUAAUAGAUAGUAUAUAUUAUAGCUUAUAUUAUAAUCACACACCACUCGCAUUUCUACAGAUUCCUACUGCACGAAUAGUUUCAAAACAUAAUAAAUAGCGCAGGCAGGACACGCGAGCCCCCGCCGAUUAUUGGAUUUAACGUUGUCGUCAUCGCCGCCACUGGAGACGAGUGGACCACGCUGGGUUCACGUCGGCCGUGAAAUAACCGUGGUGCGCGAGCCCGAGCAAAUCGAAUUUGCAGAUCGCUGGCUCGCGUAUACGUGCGGCGGGGCGAGCGCAUCUGUCGCGCGCGCGAAAAAACAUUAUUCCGUUAAGCGGAUAAUGAAAUGAAAUAAAAUGGAAAUAAUAUAAAAAAAAAAAAUACCCCGUCGUAUAUAUGCACGCAGGAAUAGACGACGGACGAGGACCGCGAGUCGGCCGAGACGGAGGGCCGAAGGGAUAAAAACUCGCACUAUAUAUUUAUAUAUAUAUAUAUACAUAUAUUAUAAUAUGCGUUAUAACACGAGAGCAGCCGAAGUGCUGGCCGAACUGUUGCUGCUUCUGGGCAUCGCCGUCGGGUUCCAGCGGGGUCCGCACCAUCCGAGGGCCGCCGUGUCCGGCGAACCGAGAAUCGAGAGCGACCACCACCGCGAGCACAAACACCCCAAGCCCAUGGGCGACACGAAGUUCACCCAAGACAAACCGAUACUGCACGACAAGAGACACAUCGAAGAGGAUCUUGGACUUCCAGACAUAGACGAUAGUAAUUUAACAGAUGAAGAAUUAGAAUUUAGAUAUUUCAUUGCUCAUGACUAUGAUAAAAACACAAUGCUUGAUGGAUUAGAAUUAAUGUCUGCAUUUGCUCAUAACAUGGACAAUUAUGCUGACACAGAAACAAAGACAUCAAAUUUAGAAAAUUAUACAGAUUUAGUUGAUCAAAUACUGUAUGAUGAUGACACAAACUAUGAUGGAUUUCUCAGCUACACUGAAUAUGUGAUUGCCAAGAACAAGCACUUACAAAAUGUAUAAAAUAAUAAUAUGUAACUUUUCUUAAAAUGCAUUGUUUAUUAUAACUUAAAGUAAAGUAUUAUUUCAAACAUACAUUUUAGUAUGUAAGUUUUAGUUGUUUUUUUCAAUAACUAAGUAGACAGUGUCGUAAUAUCUUUUGAAGUAAUUAACAAUCCUCGUUCCCAUAAAUCAUUCACUAGCUGCAUAGCCUAAAACAUAUUUAUAUUUUAUAUUAAUAAGUGUUAAAAAUCAUUAAGAUUAACAACAAUUAAAUAAAACUAGUUUUGUUUGUAAUUACAAUAAUGAUAAAAAAAAAAAAAAACUGUAUAAUUUUAAUAUAGUACGUUCUUACAUCAACUAUUUUAUAGAUAAGUAGGUAUUAAUCUGUAUUCAUUUUUCAUUAAUUACAAUGUUUUAUGUUUAUA